GCGCGCGUCGUCCUCUCUCGCGGCGGUUAUAGCGGCGUGCCCGCGCGACGAGGAAGCGUGCAGCGCGUCGCACGCGACAGCACGCGUCGCGGAAGAGAGUUCCGUCGUCGGGAACGAGGGUGCGAAGGAGAUCGUGGGAGCGAGAAACACCGCUCUUGCUUGCAACACCGGCUGGAAGCCGCCGCGCCUCGCGCUCAAGGCGAGAAAUUUCGUGGGAAAUUUAGCCGGUGUCGUCGACCCGCUUAGAGCUCUUUGCUGCCGUUGCCACCGCCACCGCUGUCAUCGCCGCCGGUCCGCGAUCGGACCGCGAUCGUUAUCGAGAUCGGAUGAGCGAGAUUUUCCCGUCGCUGCGAGUGAGUGCGAGAUCUCCUCGAGAAGAGCGUGAGAAACUACAACUGCCGAUGGGGAUGUCGGAAUUCAACGUCAUGCCGUCGAUAGCCGGCUGGUAAAGCGAGAUGAAAGGUUCGCCCAAGGUGCUCGUGUGAUCGGUAUUUCCAUUUAUUAAUUUAAAAAGUAAAGGGUAAUCCCUUCAGGAGCACGGAAAUUCGAACUGGUAUUUUUUUUUUUUGGAGAAACUUGCGAACGGGAUCGGUUGUGCGUGACUCUUCGUAUCUACUUAGGAAAAAAAUUGUUGGUAUCAAUUGCGGCUGUUAAAAAGGAAAAACGCUGAAAAGGUGAAUUAAAUUGAUUCUAAAUUAUUCUCUAAAUCUUUAAGAAAAGGGCAGCGAGAGAAAGAAUAGAGAAACGAGAACGAUCAUGUAUAACGGUUGUGUAUGACUAUCCAUAACUACCGCGGGGAAAUUUUUCCGCUGUCAAGAAGUAGAACAAUUCGCGUCAAUGAAAAACGGAACGUUCGCCGCUGUUGAAAAAUAAAGUUGAUUAAUUCGAGAGCGAAUUUCACGAACUCGUCGGUCGGUUUCGUGUAUUUUGCCGUUUUUUACAUGUGUUUUAUAUCGUCGUUUUUUCACGGGACGUAAUACCGUAUACUUCUUAUAUUUUUGACGAUCUUUUUCUUCGCGAAAAAAAAAUCCACAAAAUAAUACGGGAGAUGAUCGAUCACGGCGGAAAUUGAGGACCAGUAGAAUAACAACGGAAGUAUCGUCCAUGUGUCGAAGUGCACGCUUCGUGCAACGGGUCGACCGAUCUGUCAUCGCCAUUGUCGAAUCGUCUAACGGCGGUCCUAAACCCCGGAGGAAGGUAGCUCCAGGAGGACGAUAAUCUUCGCGGAGAAAGGCGGUGCUUCGUCAGGACGCGUUGCGCCAUUUCAGGUGCGAGUCUCGAGCCUUCCGCUCGAGUGCUUUAGCGUGUCUCUGGGUGCUUUAGGUGAGCUUGGCUCUCGCGAAUCAAAGCUGCGAAAGAAAGCAUUCAACAGACAUCAAAAGACCCGGUGAUUAAUGAACGCGGGUAAUUAAGAAACAUUAAGGAGAGCUGCCGAAGGAGUCCUCGAGAUCCUCCAACUAUUCGGAGAGAGCGUGUCAUCCUCCCCCCCGCUGCGCCCUCUCCCCCUCUCGAGAGGAUCCUCGCCGGAGGACAUCGCCGCGGGGUUGGCGGUGGGAGGAGGCCGUCUACCUUCGAGGUAAGAGAGAGAGAGAGAGAGAAAGGGGGGGAGGAGAGGAGAAAGAGAAAGAGAAGGGGUGGGAGGCCUUUAGGGGUGGAAAAUCGUUGGAGAAUACCGUCGCGGUGAAAUCACUCCUCUCGAACGCUCGCGAGACGAUCAGACCGCGAAGCAUCCCCCGCCGGGCCCGUCCUGCUCCCUUGCCUGCCUUUCGCCCCUUCGCUUCUCCAGCCGGUGGGGUGGAAGUGGAGGAAGUGGCUGUCUGAUCUCGGACGGAAUGACAAUAAGACUCCCCUUUGAUUAAUCGACGGAACAGAGAGGAGAGAGAGAGAGAGAGAGAGAGAGAGAGAGAGAAUGAGUAAGUGAGAGAAAGAGGGAAUUAGUCCUCUCGAGACGGCGGAUUGUUUUGCAAGUGCUAAGAAGUUCCGACUGUUAAUAGAACUGACUAAAUAUAACUCUAACCGAGUAACUUAGACAUAAAUCUACCGACUCGAACUUAAGCGAUGCCUCAAAUAGCACCGUGCAUUGAAAUGUCACGCCUCUUCAUUAAAGUCGACAAGAUUGUUCAAACGAAUUAAUACAUAAUGCUCUCUUGUUAAAAUGAAUUAAUAACGCAAUAUCUUCCUGAUAGUAAGAAGAUAUAUCCGGUGUCGACCUGUGGAACGUCGUCCGGAACAUUUCAACGCUAUAAGAACGUAUCGAAGUGUAACGAGUGCAACGAUUAAUCAAGUGAUUAACGAUUGUCCCCCAACUGAAAGUUGCUCGACUAAUCCUUUUCGUUGCAUCCGAUCGUCGAAGAACUUUGCAGACACAGGGUUGUGCGGGAGGGCAAGGUGCGCGACAAUAACGCGAAUGAAUUCGGGAGGAGACGGGAUAAGUAGAGUGGAUCGAAAUUAGAAUCGUGUGCAGCCAGUGGAAGAGGGUUGGCGCUUGAUCAGGCGAACCGGCCGACUUGAGCUCAAACUGCACUACUGAAAAGAUCUCAUUUGUUUAAAGAGAUCUUUUGCAUUGCGGCGUAUCUCGGUAAAAUUGUGUUUACAUGAUUUGAAAAUAUUCGACAAAGUGCGUCUCUACUCGCGAAACGACAAUAAUAAAACGCGCACGAUGCAUUAACAGUAUCGAAAAUAAUUCAUAAUAAUCGAUCAUAAAACGUCGACGAGAAAUAUCGACGGGAAUUCCGAUGCCAGCCGGAUGUUUUCGAAUGUCCAUCUUUAUUUGAGCCAGCGACAGGCGUCAAUUUGAACGGUGAGUAAUCUGGACCUCCAUGCAUCUUCCUGGACGAGUGACGAAUGCCGGGAUGUAAUCGACAACGAUAACCGAACGUUAACAAAUCACAGUGACGACAACGGGGAAAUUUGUGUGGCCAUGAAAAGGCGAUAAAGUAUAAGAAGGACUGAGUGACAAAACUGCUACCAUUGAGAACUUGGAGUUUAACAAGAGUUUGAUGGGCACAUGAGAAAAAUAAUGAUAAUGUCCGCAAUGAGUACAAUUCAACACCCUUAGAUCCGAGGACAAUAAAGUUAAACGAGGGUAAUCGAAAGCAACCACGUGAAACAACCGAGUAGCCACUGUUGAACUCGAUAUCGCGUAAUAAAAAAAUCGACGGUAUAUUUUAACAAUCGGAAAUAAAAAUAGUGACAGUAAUAGGUGCGAGAGCGUUUUGCUGAAACAUUAAGUCGAUACAAAAGCAGUGAUAUAGUGCGACGAGACGCGGACUAAGAAACGCAGUGAAGAAAGCGCAGUUUUGUCAUCCAGGCACUUCGAUGCGCCUCGACGGUAGGCAUUCGGGCUUAAAGGAUCCACGCUCGAGGCGGUGAGUGAGGUUGUCCUGCGUAUUCGUCGUCCUGCAUACGCGGCCGGGACAAGGAGCCAGAGCAGGGACAGGUCCUUCCCGGUGUGGAAUGACAAUAAGGGGGCGCCGUACCCGCGGGGUGGUAUUAUGCCGGAGACGACGGAUUUGAGCUUGCCGCCCAAGUGCCCGGCGAAGGCGUCGCAGCCCUUUCGUGGGAUGGCACUCGGGACGCUGGCCGAGAUAGCGGUGCGACUCGUGAUUAGCGGCUACAUAUUCGCCGUGGUCGUCUACGUGAACGCCAGCGGCAACUGGGAUAAGGACGAUGACCUAGUGUCCACAUCUAAGGUUAGCGCCGUACUUGGGCGAACCGCCACUUUGCCUUGCGACAUUGAGCCGUCCACGCGAGAGGAUCGCGUUUACAUGGUCCUUUGGUUCCGCGAUUAUGCGGUGAAACCCAUUUACAGUUUCGAUGUGCGGGGACGGGCUUUUAACAAGGCCCUGAACUGGUCGGACAGCACCGCCGUAGGGCCCAGGGCCUACUUCGUCACCGUGACGAAGCCGGCCGCGCUCUCUUUGGAGGCGGUCCAGCUGGAUGACGAGGGAAUCUACAGAUGCCGGGUUGACUUCAAGAACUCGCCGACCAAGAACUUCCAAGUGAAUCUCACAGUGAUCGUGCCACCGCACCAGCUACUCAUUUACGACAGCUCCGGGGUGCAGGUGGAGAACGUCGCCGGACCCUUUCAGGUUGGCGUGGAGUUCGGUCUGUCCUGUGAAGUGAGAGGAGGGAAACCUACGCCGGUGGUGAGCUGGCUGGUGAACGGUAAGGAGGUGGACGGCAGACUCGAGGAGUUCGGCCAGAACAUCGUCGUCAGCAAAUUGACGGUGCCGCAGCUGCGGCGAGAACACCGCAACACCACGUACAAAUGCCAGGCGGCCAACACGCAUCUCAUACCGCCGUUGGAGAAGACGGUGAUCCUCGACGUUUAUCUAAAACCACUCACCGUGAAGAUACUGUCGAAGCUAACGGUCAUGGAGACGGAAAAGGACUACUCCAUCACCUGCGAGACGACAGGCUCGCAUCCCCGCGCUCGCAUCACCUGGAUCGAGGGAAACGAGACGUUCCGGAACAGCAAGGUCGAUAACGAACAGGUGAAGGAAAGUGGCAACGCGUCGGUGGUGCUGAGUACCCUGAUGUUCUCACCCAUCCCCGACGAUCACGGCAAGAUCCUCAAGUGCCGCGGCGAGAACCCAGCCCUGGCGGACGCGUACUUGGAGGACUUCUUCAAGUUGAAUGUCGUCUUCCCGCCUAAAGUUCAGCUACAUCUGGGCAGCACUCUGAACGCGGAGAACAUAAAGGAAGGCGACGAUGUGUACUUCGAAUGCAAAGUCCGCGCCAAUCCGGAGCACCACAAAAUUACUUGGCGCCACAAUGGCGGCGUGCUGACGCAAAACUAUUCGGCCGGUAUCAUCAUGAGCACCCAAAGCUUGGUGCUGCAGGGCAUAGGACGCGACAACGCGGGAAAUUACACGUGUCUCGCCAGCAACGACCGUGGAGAGACGACGAGUCCAAUUGUGAACCUGAGAGUGCAGUUCGCGCCAGUUUGCAAGAUGAAGGAGGUGACGAUAAUCGGGGCUUCCCUGGAGGAGUCCGUGAAGGUUCGCUGCGAGGUCGACGCCGACCCGAACGAGGUGGACUUUGUCUGGGAGUUCAACAAUAGUGGCGAGAACUUCGAAGUCGCGCCGGCCAAGUUUGACGGCAACAACGGCACCAUGAGCGAGCUCGUCUACACCCCCGAAUCCGAGAGGGAUUACGGUGCCCUGACCUGUUGGGGUAGGAACGCGAUAGGGAAGCAGGAGGCGCCCUGCAUCUAUCAAGUCAUUCCGGCAGUUAAACCGAAUCCUCUGAACAAUUGCACCAUCAAAGCAUCGCUCAAUCAAAGUUCGGAGAUCCUGGAGGUCGAAUGCGUGCCGGGAUAUGACGGCGGUCUCCACCAGGAAUUCCGACUAGAGGCUUAUGAGGUGCUGACCGGUAAUCUCCGGGUGAACGCGUCCAGCGUGUCGGCCGAUCUGCCAAUCUUCCGAAUCGCCGUGGCUGAUCUUCUACCAGCCACUCACUUCUACUUAGUGACCUACGCCGUGAAUGCCAAAGGCCGUAGCGAAGUUUCGCUGUUAGAGGAUAUAAUGCUGCGCGACUCAGAAAAGCAUACAGAUACCGGGGUCAGUAUGCUGCCGUUGAUCCUGCUGUUGGUCGGCUGUCUGUUGGCCUUCGGUGCGACCGUGAUCUCCGUGAUGCUGAUGAUGUAUCGACGACGCGGCACCACGUCACCCGUACAUAUCGAGCCCUAUAUGAAGCAGCCGAUAAUCACCCCGCCGGACUCGAGGAACAAUUCGAUGCUGGACGUGACCCACGGCGACCACACGUACUUCGUUGAGUACACGUUGAAGCAGGUCACCGAUUAUGCGCUCAAUAAUCAGCCGGACAUCAUACAGUCGCCGCAAGACCAAGAGAAGAUCAAACGCGAGCCGCAACUGUUUUUGCCAGUGAGACCAGACACGUUGUUCGCGCCCUAUGACAUUCACAAACAGGGACUGCAAACAAACAGAUGCAGCCUGAACCCGUUCUCCGCAAAGUCCUGGGAGCCCAUCAGUUUCAAAGCCGAUCGCAACCUGAUGAAGGAGAUCAUCAUCGCCAAUUCCAUACCGGGACCGGAGAGCUGCGUGUAAACUUGAUCGAGGAAGUGAAUUGGGAGACGUAAACAUACACGCACACAUACUUAUACUCUAUACGAUACAACACGCCCACACAAACACGUACACAAACAGCAUAUCAUAAGGGCGAUCGAUUUCGUAAGCCCUGAAAACUGUAUCGCGUAUCGUCGCUCGAUGCCACGACAGAUAUACGCGCGAAUAUAUCAAAGACAAAGUCAACGAAUCUCGUGUCUCGCUUGUUAACGUGCGCCAGUGUGACAUAUCACGAUAACGAUAUCGUAGCAGACAUAUCAGCAUAUCGUAGCAUAUCGUGGCGCGCCACGAUCUCUCCUGAGAUCAUCGAGAGUCUUUAGGAUCACCCCCCCGCCGAUCCAGCACGAGACCGGGGCGAGGAAUCGCGGAGUCGUCGCGAGACGAUUUAGUCGCAUAAUUUAACCAAACGCUACACGUGGUGUACUAUUCCAAGUUUAAUAUAUUUUGUGUCAAGUCUUAAA